AUGGUUGGCCGAGAGCUGGAUGGAUUGGAGCAUACAACAAUGUAUGCUGCAGGCUUCCCGUGUCAACCGUUCUCACGGCUGCGGCGAUCCACGACCCAUUUUGAUGAGCCAGGGGGCGAGAUCCUGGAUGAGUGCUUGGAUGCCUUGAAGAGGGUGCGGCCUCUGGUGGGAGUUCUUGAGAACGUCUAUGGGCUGAUGGAUGUGUGGGACCAGGUUCGCGAGAAGAUCACCAAUGCUGGGAUCAGGAAGGCCUACUUCGUAUGCCAUAUCAAGAUGUGCCCUUCCAAGUUAGGCGGUGGACAUCCACAGGACUGCCGGCUUCAAAGGAACGCUAAACCUGAGCCAACAGGCAAUGCAUUGCAAAUGCGUGGCAGCAGCAUUCCUGGCUGCACUGAGCUGUGGGGAUAUCGAAUCGUUCUGCCAGGAUCCGCUCACUACUUGGAGGAAGCUCGCCAAGAGGACCUCAUUGGCCUGGCCGAAACUUUGGCAUCUGAGUACCCUCAAUACGGGAGAGCUUGCAGGUACCUUCAAACUUUGGGGGGUCAAGUGGCCAGGGUAGUGGAGCCAUUACCGGAGAUCCAAUUCAUUUUGGCAGGGGGAACGCCUCCUGUGCAGAGAGGCUCGCCUAUUUUGGAGCACCCAGAGCCAUAUGCGGUGCACCGGAUGAAUGCAGAAGCUGGUGAUCACGCGUCUCCAAACUCUGCAGAGUCCAAAGGUGAAACCUUGAAGCACAGGGUUCUCGCUGCUUUUGAUGAGGUCACAAACCAGCAGAACUUGGGGAAGUUCCUCUGGGAGACCCAUGGCUGCGAUGAGGGCAAGCAGCUUCAAUUUGCAAAGGCUAUGGCGGACAUCUUUGCAAUCCCUGAGGUAGCUGCUAAGUUGCCCCAGAGUUGUGGGCCAGUCCUCAAAACCGUGCCUGCGUCGGCAAGGUCGAAUGCAUACUUGCAUCCUUGGCACCUGAGUCUUUGUGAGAAUGCCAAAGCUGGCAGGUUUCCUACAAUGCACCAGACCCGACUCCACAUGCCCAGCAUUGUUUGGAAACACUACCAGGCACAUCGUGAGGCCUUGGAGAUCAAAUGUGAUGCCCCGGCAGGUCUGGCCCACAGCACCAGUGAGAAGCAGAAGCCGGGUCCUCUUGACUUAGCGUUGCUUUUCCGGGAAGUGUUGGAAGUGAAGAAACACAGUGGAACCGGAUCGAGUACUAGGGAGGUCCUUUUCGCCUCUAUCGCUGAAUACAACAAGUGCUGCACUUCCAAGACCGUCACUGCCGAAAAAGUGCACCUGUGGGCAGAGCGCGCGUGGAAGGAUCACAUUCGGAAGGCACCCCGGGAUUCAGCGGUGAAGCAGAAGGCAAGGAAGUUUCAAGCAGCCCUUACCGAGAUGCAGGAUUUGCUUGAAACCUGCUGCCUGUGGACCCACAUUGAGGGCGACCUGAUCAGCUACAUUGGCAAAGGCUCAGAGUAUGACAGAGUCGCUGGCAUGUGGGAACAGGGGCGCCUAAGCUGA